GGGUACAAUGACGAAACAUAUAAGACGGUCUACUUCUGGUUAUGACGUCACUACAUUGGGCGUGGCUUCGUGACGCAUUGCGGUUGCCUCCUCCGGCGCGCCUGGACACUGCGCGCUCUCGCAGCGGCGGCGGGACGAAAGACGUUUGUUUGCGUGCGCGCUCACGCGGCGAUGGAUGCUGCGGCGGGGGCGCAGGUACACGCGUCCACGUCACGUCGCGUCGCCCCACGUCACGUCACGUCACACCGCCUACCCGGGAUCACGUCGUGUUUCUCGAGGAAUAAGAAAGGCUUCUCCGGUGCCCGUUUGUGCUGACAUGGCGGCGGCGGCGGCUACCGGGUGGCGCUAAGCCGACGCAGCUGGCUUCAUUUUGGGUUCCGUUCGUCUCCCGUGAAGUGGAACCAUGACGGCCGCAGCGGGUCAGGAUGAGAGUUCGGUCCGCGUGGCGCUGAGGAUCCGUCCUCAGCUGGCCCGGGAGAAGAUCGAAGGAUGCCACAUCUGCACGUACGUGAUGCCCGGGGAGCCCCAGGUCAUCCUGGGCAAGGACAAGUCCUUCACCUACGACUACGUCUUCGACAUGGACUCCCAGCAGGACGCCAUCUACGGCGCCUGCACGGAGAAGCUGAUCGAGGGCUGCUUCGAGGGCUACAACGCCACCGUCUUUGCAUACGGACAGACGGGUUCAGGGAAGACCUACACCAUGGGCACGGGUUUUGACGUCAACAUCGCGGAUGAAGAACUGGGCAUCAUCCCCCGCGCCGUCCACCACCUCUUCGAGGGCAUGGAGGAGCGCCGGCAGGCCGCCCGGGACCAGGGACGCCCCGUGCCCGAGUUUAAGAUCAACGCUCAGUUCCUGGAGCUUUACAACGAGGAAGUCCUGGACCUCUUUGACUCGGUGAGAGACGUGAAGCAGAGGUCGCACGUCAAAAUUCACGAGGACGCUAGCGGGGCCAUCUACACGGUGGGGGUGACCACGCGCACCGUGGCCUCAAAGGCCGAGAUGAUGCAGUGCCUCAAACUGGGCGCCUUGUCCCGCACCACCGCCAGCACGCAGAUGAACGUGCAGAGCUCGCGGUCCCACGCCAUCUUCACCAUCCACCUGUGCCAAGUCCGCGUCUGUGCCUCUGACAAUCACGAAGACGAAGCCGACAACCGGGUCUCCAACGGCAACGGCGACAUGGACGAGUACGAGACCCUGACCGCCAAGUUUCACUUUGUGGACUUGGCUGGCUCAGAGAGACUGAAGAGGACCGGCGCCACAGGAGACCGGGCCAAAGAGGGCAUCUCCAUCAACUGUGGACUGCUGGCCCUGGGGAAUGUAAUCAGUGCUUUGGGCGACCGGAGCAAGCAGUCGUCACACGUGCCUUACAGAGACUCCAAGCUGACCCGGCUUCUGCAGGACUCGCUCGGAGGAAACAGCCAAACGGUGAUGAUCGCCUGCAUCAGCCCGUCCGACCGCGACUUCAUGGAAACGCUCAACGCGCUCAAGUACGCCAACCGAGCCCGGAACAUCAAGAACAAGGUGAUGGUGAACCAGGACAAGGCCAGCCAGCAGAUCAGCGCCCUGCGGACGGAGAUCGCUCGGCUGCAGAUAGAGCUGAUGGAGUACAAGACGGGUAAACGCUUGGCGGGCGAGGACGGCGUGGAGAGCUUCAGCGACAUGUUCCACGAGAACGCCAUGCUGCAGACGGAGAACGACAACCUGAGGGUGAGAGUCAAGGCCAUGCAGGAGACCAUCGACGCUCAGAGGGCUCGACUCACCCAGCUGCUCAGCGACCAGGCCAACCAGGCGCUCUCCAGAGCCGGUGAGGGAGGCAGCGAGGAAAUUGGCAACAUGAUCCGGAGUUACAUCAAAGAGAUCGAAGACCUCAGAGCCAAACUCCUGGAGAGCGAGGCGGUGAACGAGAACCUGCGCAAGAAUCUGUCGCGCGCCUCCAGCCGCCAGUCCUACUACGCCGGCUCUGUGCUGGCGCCCGAGAAGGAGACGUCCGACAUCAUCGAGCUGGCCAAGAAAGACCUGGAGAAACUGAAGAAGCGUGAAAAGAAGAAAAAGAAAAGACUCCAGCAGCUGUUGGAGGAGCGAGCGCAGCAGGAGGUUGUGGAGGACGUCAGUGUGUGCAAAGACGACGCUCCAGACAACGAGCAGGAGAAGGAGAACGCCGAGCAAGUCCAAGACGACGCAGAAAUGGAGGCGCAAGAGGCCAGCGACCACGAUGAAGGAGAAGAGGAAGACGAAGAGGAGGACGAGGACAUGGAGGUGGAGGAGAGCUCCGAUGACUCCGACUCGGAGUCGGACGAGAAAGAGGACUUCCAGGCCGACUUGGCCAACAUCACCUGCGAGAUCGCCAUCAAGCAGAAGUUGAUCGACGAGCUGGAGAACAGCCAGCGCCGCCUGCACACGCUCAAGCAGCAGUACGAGCAGAAGCUGAUGAUGCUGCAGUGCAAGAUCCGGGACACGCAGCUGGAGAGGGACCGGGUCCUCCAUAACAUGAAUUCCGUGGAGACCGGCUCGGAUGACAAGGCCCGCAAGAUCAAGUUGGAGUACGAGAAGAAGCUGGGUCUCAUGAAUAAGGAGCUGCAGAAGCUCCAGUCGGCCCAGAAGGAGCACGCCCGCCUGCUGAAGAACCAGUCGCAGUACGAGAAGCAGCUCAGGAACCUUCAGUCGGACGUGGCUGAAAUGAAGAAGACCAAGGUGCGCCUCAUGAAGCAGAUGAAGGAGCAGCAGGAGAAGAACAGGAUGAACGAGUCUCGUCGGAACCGCGAGAUUGCCACCUUGAAGAAAGACCAGCGUAAACAGGAGCACCAACUGAAGCUGCUGGAGGCUCAAAGACGGCAGCAGGAGCUCAUCCUCAGGAGGAAGACCGAGGAGGUGACGGCGCUGAGGAGACAGGCCAGGCCCGCCUCAGGAAAGGUGGUCAGGAAGCUCAACCUACCAGAUUCCACCCAGGAGUCGUCUCUCCGCCCCCACUCCGGACGCUUUUACUCCGGUCUUAUCGCACCCAACGGCACACGGUCCUCUCCCAGGCGCGCCAUCAGCGUUUACGCCACCAGGGUGGCUCGCAACAAGUGGCAGUCGUUGGAGCGACGCGUCUCCGACGUCAUCAUGCAGAAGAUGACCAUCUCCAACAUGGAGACCGACAUGAACCGCCUCCUCAAGCAACGGGAGGAGCUGACCAAGCGCAAAGAAAAGGUGGUCAGGAAGCGGGACCGUCUGAUCAAGGAGGGUCCCGACCCGGCCAAGGCGGCGAUUCCCCUGAACGAGGAAGUGGACGCCCUGGCGGCCAACAUCGACUACAUCAACGACAGCAUCGCCGACUGCCAGGCCAACAUCAUGCAGAUGGAGGAGACCAAGGAGGAAGGCGACACGGUGGACGUCUCCGCUGUGGUGGGCUCGUGUACCCUGGCCGAGGCUCGCUUCCUGCUGGGUCACUUCAUGUCCAUGGCUAUAAACAAGGGUCUGCAGGCGGCCCAGAAGGAGUCCCAGGUGAAGGUGAUGGAGGGCCGGCUGAAGCAGACGGAGAUCACCAGCGCCACACAGAACCAGCUGCUCUUCCACAUGCUGAAGGAGAAAGCCGAGUUCAACCCCGAGCUGGAUGCCUUGCUCGGCAACGCCCUGCAAGAGCUGGGCGGCGUCUCAGCUGAAACAGGCGACGACAGCAGCAGCGACGAGUCAACCGCCAGCCCCUCUGCGGACGGAAGCGCUGUGCCGUCUGAUCUCAUGAAGUUCUGUGGCGACACAAAGUCCAGGAACAAGGCUCGCAGGAGGACCACCACUCAGAUGGAGCUCCUGUACGCCAGCACUGACUCCGCCCCCGACGGCCACAUGGCCGACUUCUCCGGGCCCCCCAUGUUGCCGUUAGCCGAGACGCCAGACGGUGGCGGAGACGCGGACACGCUGGGCUCAACGGUCCGAGACUUCGCGGCACUCUCGCCUGGAUUCCCCUCUAAAAACGUUUCGGGCUCCAGAGCGCCGUCGGCCCUGGAAAAGAGAGCACCGGAGCCUUCGCCGCUCGCUCGCAGGAAGACCUAUGACAAGGCCCAAGCGGCGUGCGACAGGGCGAAGUUCAAGGAGAUUAAACAGGGCGUCAUUAACCCCGUGCCGUCCACCAAGAGCAGUCGCUCGGCGUCGCUGCAGUGCGUCCACGUGGCGGAAGGACAUAGCAAGGCCGUCCUGUGCGUGGACUGCACCGACGACCUCCUCUUCACCGGAUCUAAAGACCGCACCUGCAAGGUGUGGAACCUGGUGACGGGCCAGGAGAUAAUGUCGCUGGCCGGCCACCCCAACAACGUGGUGUCUGUGCGCUACAGCUCCAGCUUGGUCUUCACCGUCUCCACCUCCUACGUCAAAGUCUGGGACAUCCGAGACUCGGCCAAGUGCAUCCGAACACUCUGCUCCUCGGGUCAGGUGAACGUCGGCGACGUCUGCGCGUCCACCACCAGCCGGACCGUCGCCAUCUCGGCAGGGGAGAACCAGAUCAACCAGAUCGCGCUGAACCCCGGCGGCACGGUCCUGUACGCCGCGGCGGGGAACUCGGUCAGGGUCUGGGAUCUACGAAGGUUUGCAUCCACUGGUAAGCUGACUGGUCACCAGGGCCCCGUGAUGUGUUUGACUGUGGAUCAGUCAGGAAGCAACCAAGACCUGGUCAUCACCGGCUCCAAAGACCACUAUGUCAAGCUCUUCGACGUGACCGAGGGCCUGCUGGGAAGCAUCAGCCCCACGCACAACUUUGAACCCCCCCACUACGACGGUAUCGAGUCCCUGGUCGUCCAGGGGGACAUCUUCUUCAGCGGCUCCCGGGACAACGGCAUCAAAAAGUGGGACCUGGACCGCAAAGACCUGCUACAGCAAGUCCCGAAUGCGCACCGGGACUGGGUGUGCGCACUGGGCCUGGUGCCCGGCUCGCCUGCCUUGCUCAGCGGCUGCAGGGGCGGGGUGCUCAAACUGUGGCACACGGACUCAUUGGCCACGCUGGGCGAGCUCAAAGGCCACGACAGCCCCAUCAACGGCAUCGCCGCCAACAGCGGACUCUCCUUCACCGCCUCUGACGACCGCACGGUGAAGAUCUGGCGAGCCCGCAGAGAACUGGACGGCGCCUUCGAGGCGACCGACGCCGCAGAUGAGGUGGCCAGCAACUGAAGACGGCGCCUCCUGCCGGUCGUCUCUCGCCGCAAGGACGCCGUUAGCAUUGUAAGAUCGGCGCUCGCCCCGCACUUUGACCCCCGGCUUGGCUCCACCCCAGUAUUCCUGUAAACACGCACGCCACGCCGCUUGGAAGUGGAAGAAGGAAAAUAUGGGUUUGGUAGCUGGUCUAAACAACCCAGGAUGUCCCCGUGUCUUCAUGCCUCGCUUUAGAGCGCCGCCUCCUGGUGGACACGUGUUACUGCACAGCUCCUGUCCGGAGCGCCAUGAGGGAGGGGUCACACACUUCCUGGUUGACUCUGAUUGGACGCGUUUUAGUUGCGACAUUGUCUUUAUUGUGUUGGAUGACACGGACGCCUCUUGUUCACACUUGAUUGUGUUGCCCCGCCCACGUCACAUGACCACAUCUUUCAGGAAGCGACAGGUUACAGAUUGGAAAAGCUCCUUCUGGAGACGGCCUAAAAAUGUCUUUGAAAAAAUGGAUUCUUAAUUUUUUUGUAUUUUUUUUCUCCAAUAAAAAUCAGUUUUUAAAAAUAAAUUUUUAGGCCAUCUCUUAAAAAACUAAAUAGCAAUUCUUCUUCAUCCUGAUUAGAAAUCUAUUCAUAAUUUUCAAAAAUUGAUUAAAAAAAUUAACAUAAUGAAACAUUUAAAUGUGUUUUCCCGAUUUAAGAUUGAAAUGAUUAAAAAUCACGAUGUUGGUUGAAUGGAGAUGGACUAAGAAAGACCUUUUAAAAACUGAUUUUUAUUAAUUUGUAUUUUUUUUAUGAGAAUCAAUUUUUAAAAGUACAUUUUUAGGCCAUCUCCAUGCAACCAGAAUCGCGAUUCUUAUUUUCACCAAUUAUAGAUCUAUUCAUAAUUUUCAAAAAUCAAUGAAAAAACAAGCCAAAAUAUUUUAUGUAUACAUACAAACAUAUAUAUAUAAAUAUAUAUAGAUAAAUACAAAUAUAUUAGGGCUGCAACUAACAACUAAUUCGAUCAUCGAUUAAUCUGUCGAUUAUUACUUCGAUUAAUCGGUUAAUAAUCGGAUAAAAGAGACCAACUACAUUUCUAUCCUUUCCAGUAUUUUAUUGAGAAAAAUACUGGCACCAUACUUAUUUUGAUUAUUGUUUCUCAGCUGUUUGUAAAUGUUGCAGUUUAUAAAUAAAGGUUUAUAAAAAAAUAAAUUAAAAAAAGUAGCCUCUGCGCAUGCGCAUAGCAUAGAUCCAACGAAUUGAUGACUAAAUUAAUCGCCAACUAUUUUUAUAAUCGAUUUAAUCGAUUAGUUGUUG